AUGGUCAAUUGUCAUAGCACAAUUGAUACAAGAAGAAGAAGAGAAAAAAGUCGAGUAGCAGUUCUCUGGUGGCCGGUUCAAGAAGGACUGCCACUGGGAAGAAGACAAGAGGGCAAAAUUUAAUCAUUAUUUAUCCACGUUUAUAAAGAUAUUGGCUUUUAAAUUUCAAGCAUUGUAUUAAUUCAGUAAUAUAAAGUAAAGUCGAUAAUGUCCUACUGCACUCGAAUUUUUCAAGCACAGAAAGUUGCUGGCUUAGCUGCCGAAGUACAGCAAAGAUGUUUCAGCAUAAGUGCACUCACCUAUGCUGCGUCAAAAGUAGCAAUGUCAAAAUUCGAUAACACUAGCUAUUUACCUUACGAUAAACUUGAAGCGAAUAUCAAAAUUGUAAAAAAAAGAUUAAACAGACCAUUAACACUCUCUGAAAAAGUUCUAUAUUCUCACCUGGAUGAACCCGACAAGCAAGAUAUUACACGUGGAACGAGCUAUUUACGAUUGAGACCUGAUCGUGUUGCUAUGCAAGAUGCUACAGCGCAAAUGGCUAUGCUUCAAUUCAUCAGUUCUGGUUUACCAAAGGUAGCUGUACCAUCAACAAUUCACUGUGACCAUUUAAUUGAGGCAAAGUUAGGCGGCGAUGAAGAUCUUAAACGCGCUGUAGAUGUUAACAAAGAGGUGUACAAUUUCCUUAAAAGUGCUGGUGCUAAGUAUGGUGUUGGUUUUUGGAAUCCUGGCUCCGGAAUUAUUCAUCAAAUUAUCCUUGAAAAUUAUGGUUUCCCUGGACUUUUAAUGAUUGGUACAGAUUCUCAUACACCUAAUGGUGGUGGUUUGGGUGGUCUAUGCAUUGGCGUCGGUGGUGCUGAUGCAGUUGACGUAAUGGCUGACAUUCCAUGGGAACUUAAAUGCCCAAAGGUAAUUGGCGUUAAGCUUACCGGUAAAUUGUCCGGAUGGACAAGUCCAAAGGAUAUUAUCCUGAAACUUGCCGGAAUUCUGACGGUUAAGGGCGGAACUGGAGCCAUUGUUGAAUAUUUUGGGCCUGGUGUCGAUAGUAUUAGUUGUACCGGUAUGGCAACCAUAUGUAAUAUGGGUGCCGAGAUCGGUGCUACCACAUCCGUUUUUCCUUACAACGACCGAAUGAAAGAUUAUCUUAAUUCGACGAAUCGUAACGAGAUCGCCUCUGAAGCUGAUAAGUUCAAGAGCAGCCUUUUAACAGCUGACCAGGAUGCCAAGUAUGACAAGAUUGUUGAGAUUGACCUCUCUACUCUUGAACCUCACGUUAAUGGACCUUUUACUCCUGAUCGUGCCAAUCCUAUUUCGAAAUUGGGUGCCGAGGCAAAGAAAAACAACUGGCCAAGCGAAAUCAAAGUUGGUCUAAUCGGUUCGUGUACCAACAGCUCUUACGAGGAUAUGGGCAGGUGUGCAAGUAUUGCCAAACAGGCCAUGAAACAUGGUCUCAAGGCCAAAUCCACGUUCAUGGUUACCCCGGGUUCGGAGCAGAUUCGUGCCACCAUUGAGCGUGACGGAAUUGCUAAAACUCUCAGGGAAUUUGGAGGUACCGUACUUGCAAAUGCUUGUGGACCAUGUAUUGGGCAAUGGAACCGUCAGGAUAUUAAGAAGGGAGAUAAAAAUACUAUUGUUACAUCAUAUAAUAGAAAUUUUACUGGUCGUAAUGACGCAAAUAAUGAAACCCAUGCAUUUGUAACCAGUCCCGAGCUAGUUACCGCAUUAGCCAUUGCUGGAGACCUUAACUUUAAUCCUCAGACGGACAAACUUAAGGGUCAAGAUGGGAAAGAAUUCCUUUUAGAUAGCCCAUACGGUGAUGAGUUGCCAUCCAAUGGUUUUGAUCCAGGAAUGGAUACGUUCGAUGCACCGCCAGCCGAUGGACAACAAGUUAGAGUUGAUGUUGAUCCAAAGUCGCAGCGUUUGCAAUUGUUAGAACCAUUCGAUAAGUGGAAUGGCAAAGAUUUAACCGACUUGACUAUUUUAAUUAAAGUCAAAGGAAAGUGCACGACCGAUCAUAUUUCCAUGGCUGGACCAUGGUUAAAGUACCGUGGACACUUGGACAAUAUCUCUAACAAUUUGUUCAUUGGUGCCACGAACUCCGAGAACGACAAGAUAAAUAAUGUAAAAAAUCAGCUAACCGGCGAAUGGGGCACGGUUCCGGACGUUGCCCGUAGUUACAAGAAGCAGAAAGUAAGGUGGGUUGCCAUUGGUGAUGAGAAUUACGGCGAGGGUUCAUCUCGGGAACAUGCAGCCUUAGAGCCACGCCAUCUUGGGGGUUACGCUAUCAUUGUUAAGAGCUUUGCACGAAUCCACGAAACCAAUCUGAAAAAGCAGGGUAUGCUUCCGUUGACGUUCAACAAUCCCGAGGAUUACGACAAAAUCCAGCCGUCUGAUAAAAUCAGUCUCCUUGGACUCAAAGAACUCACGCCCGGAAAGCCGUUAAAAUGUGAGAUCAAACAUCAAGAUGGCAAGGUAGAUACCAUUACUCUGAAUCACACACUCAACGAACAACAAAUCACGUGGUUUAAAGCCGGUUCAGCGCUCAAUCGCAUGAAAGAAAUUGCUUCUUUAUAAAUCAAAUCAGUGCUCCGAGAUCACGUAACAUAACGAAGACAUUUCAAACAGUUACGUUUCGAGCUCAUUAAUAUUAGAAGAAUUGAUCGCGGCAAUGAUUUUACGCAUUGUCUUUCCUACUGAUGGUUUUUCAAAAUUGUUAUCAAAUUCAUCGAUUCAUCAAAGGAAAUGAUGUACUGAAUGAGCUGUUAAUUAAAUAAUUAUGUAGUUAAUAAUUGUAAUAAGCAAAGAAAUUAAGCGAAUGAAUAGAAAAUGUUGACAAGUCAAUCGGAAAAUUUGUUCUUUAAAUAUGUACAAAGGUAAUCAAUUUUCAAAAAAAAAAUAAAAAAAAAAA